UAUUCGGAGUCGGAGUCGGGAUUUCGGUUUCGGAAUCAGAUUUGGAUACGUACGUCGGCCACGCAACGCUGCGCACGGCGCUAGAGCAAUGAAAAUUUAUAAUUUGCAUAAUUGUUGUUAUUAUUUGGUGUAUUAAAUUGUGUAUGUCAGAAUCGCAAGUCGAGUGCAAAGUGAAAUGGAACCAAAGCAAAAGUCGUAGCUUAAUGCGCCGCAGCAACCGCAACAGCAACAACAUCUAAAAGAUUUACAAUUUCGAAUCUACUGAAGUGCAACUCGAUUCAUAUUGGAGCUCCAGCAUCAUGUACUGCACCAAAGAUUGCGCCUGCCGCCUCUGCCGCGAGCUGCGCGACUACAAGCUGAGCGCCAAGAAGUCCGCCAUGCCGUUCCAGUCGCCCGCCAAGCCGAAGGCGAAGCUGGCCGGCAAGGCUGCCCCGCCCAGCUCCCUGCUGGGGCGCAUGCUCAAUGAGAAUUUCAUACUGAGGCGUCGCGGCAUCUCGCUGAAGAACUUUCAGCCGCAGUCGCUGCGCAACAGCGAGAUGUGUCAGUCGCAGCCGCGCGACUUGCCACGCCCAGCGCAGACACCCUCGCCCACGCCCAUCGAGGAGCUGCCCGACUGGGCGGCCACACAGCGCAGGCGGGAGCAGGCGCGGCAGGAUCGUGAUGGGAAUGGAAAUGGAAAUGGGCAUCUGGGUGAUCGCGAGGUCAAACCAAAUCACAAGGUGGUCAUCUAUUUCGGUGACUCCAUGAGUCGGGCACAGCAGCAGCCGCAGCCGCAGUCGCCGACACCCGCAUCGACUCCAAAGCUGCCCCCAGAUGGAGGCAAUCUCCACUCGCAGCUGCUGCAGGAGAUGUCCCAAAAACUGCAGGCCAAUGACAACGGCAAGCCCCAGACCGAGGUGCUGGUGGGUGCAGGAGGCGCAGAGGGGGCUGCCGCGGAGACUAACGCUGAUGAUGAACUGCCGCCCUACAUUGAGAGCGUGCAGAACGGCGUAAUUAAUAUCAGAAUUGAAGGCAAUUACCGGCGCGCCAGCGCUCUGGUGGAAACGGUGGCAAAGCCAACUCUGGCCGUCGUUGGCCAAAUGAAAUCCGAUGCUGCUGGCAGCAAACCGACUGCAGCUGAUCAUCAUGAUAAUGCUGGCAACGAUGACGAUGAUGAUGACGACGACGACGACGACGACGAUGACGAUGAUGAUGAUGAUGACAGCGUCUCUGGCCCUGGCCACGAUGCGGAGACCGCGAGUCAGUCAGAUUCAUGCGAUUGGAGUUACGUUCAGGAGUGGCGACGCGCCGCGAGACGACCCACGGGAAAUUUGCCGCCCAACUUUGGACAGCAGGCGUCCAGUCAGAUGACGGGACUACCGCCGGUGCCGGUGCCGGUGCCGCUGCAGUCGCAGCAACAGACGCAGCCAGCGCUGGCGCCGCACACGUUGCAGGUGGGCGCUGGUGGUGCUGGCUUGACGGUGGCCAUGGCCACACCAGCGCCUCGCGUCUUCAAGGAGCUGGCGCAGCCGCCCAACAAGGCGCCGCUCAGCAACAAAUCCGCAGCGAAUGCGCUGCCCUUGCCACAGCAACAGCAGCAGCAGCAACAACAACAGCAACAGUUGGCAUCGCCAGUCAUCAAGGCGGGCAUGCCGCAGCGGGCGGUGGCGGGACCCGCCCGGCUGACGGUGCAGAGUACGCCCGUGAAGUCGCAGCCGCCGCAGCUGAGCGGCAGCCUGCAGAGCUCGCCCAGUCGGCCCACGUUGGGCAUACCGACGACGACAGUGGCAGCGACGCCGACGUCGCCGUCGACGUCAACGCCGGCGCCACGCGCCCAUCAGCAUGAGCAGUUCCGAGCCCUGCAGCGGGUGCAGGAGUGCCACAGCUCCUCGGACGAGAAUCGCAGCUCGGGGCAUGCCAGCAUGUCGGACACGGGCGGGCACAGCUCGUCGCCGGCCGGGGGCAUGACACUGGGGCCGCUGCCCGAGGAUCGGCUGGCCGCCGGCGUGACCAAUCGCAGCACGCGCUCGCGACGCCAUCGGGGCAUCAUGCCGGCCGGCAAGGCGCCCUGGAGCGGCAGCGGACUGGAGGACAUCAAGCUGGCCAUACAGCAGCUGACGAUGCGCUCCCAGACGAGCAGCAGCACCUACAGCAGCCUCAGCGCCGGCUCGGAGAGCUCGGAGCCGGCCCGCCGACUGGGCCGCUACUCCUCGCUGGAGACGGUCAUCACCAGCACCAGCGCGGAUGAGUUCGUGUGGGUGGACUCGCACAACCGGCUCGUGGAGCUGCAGCAUCCGCCGUGGAGCCAGCAGUGCAUCAUGCGCGUGCUGCGCAACGGGCGCUGCAAGCAGCAGGCGGACCACGUCUCGGUGGAGGUCGUCUCCAGGCUGGGCUACCUGCUGCAGCGGGCUCUGGUGCGCAUCGCCAGGGAGAUUCAGCGUUUCUCGGCCGGACUGGGCCUGUGCUCCAAGCAGGAGGUGACCGGCGCCUUCAAGGUGGUGCUCUGCUCCACGCUGGCCGACUCCUGCACCAAGGCGUGCCUGCGCGCCGCCGCCAUGUUCGCGGUGCCCGGCGAGAGCGCCCUCAAGCAGAGCAAGUCGUCGCGCGCCGGCCUCCAGCUGUCGGUGGGCAGCUUCUUCAGAUGGAUGACGGACGCCCGGCUGGGCAAGUUCAUACACGAGUACGCCGCGGUCUACCUGUGCGCCGGCAUCGAGAAUCUGCUCGAGGAGAUCAUGCUGCAGUGCGGCGGCGCUGGCGCUGGGGCAGGAGGCGGCAGCAGCAUCACAGCCGCCGCUCUCGAUCAGAACAUCGCCAGCUCGGGCGACUUCUGGGGCCUGCUGCAGCCGUUCGCCCACUUGAACGCCGGACGCAUUGCCUCCGGCGCCCUGGCCAUGCCGCGCUGGGCCAGCCCCUUCUCGCUGGCCACCUGCGUGGGCAGCAUCCGCGAGCUGAAGGAGAAGGCGCUGCGCACCCAGCAGGAGUUCCAGCACGCCGCCGCCCUCUCCAAUGCGGCGCUCAGUGCGCUCUUCUACUUCAUGCGCUGCUCCCAACUGGAGCACACGGAGCUGGCCGCCCAGAGCUCCACGGCCGGCCAGGCGCCGCCCAACAGCGGCACGCAGAACGUCCAGGAGCUCUGCUACGAGCGCGCCUAUGUGGUGCUGCCCCCGCUGGCCGAGUGGCUGCGGGUGGCCUCGGCGCACGCGGAGCACCGCAACGGCCUGAUGAUUGACAAGGAUGACAUAUUGCAGGCUGCCCGCUUGCUGCUGCCCGGCGUGGACUGUCCCAUUCGCCCGGUGGCACACGACGAGGAGCUGCCCACCAAGAAGACGCACUUCAGCAGCGGCAGCGCCACGGGCAGCUCCACGGGCUCGGGCUCGGGCACUGGCACCGGCAGCAGCUCCAGCUCGCCGGCCGUGAGCAGCAUUGGCGAGGACACCUCGGAGCUGGGCAGGCGCGCCACUAUCGCCGUCGCCUUCAAGCUCCUGCUGACGGGCCGGGCCGAGCUGCUCGCCCAGGCGGCGCAGCUGCUGCCGCCCACGACACGCUACGACACACAGAACAGCGCCGGCCUGACGGCCCUGAUGAUUGCCAGCAUACGGAACGACGAGGUGGCGCUGCACGCCCUGCUCGACGCCGGCUGUGAUCCCAACGUGGAGGUGCCGGCGGCGGGCACGGCGGGCUACCCGGCCAUACAGCCGGACACGCAGCACUGGACGGCGCUCAGCUUCGCCGCCAGCCGCGCCAACUACGUGGCGCUGCGCAUCCUGCUGGAGCGCGGUGCCAAGGUGGAGGGCGGGGCGCGCAGCAGUGAGGAGAGGUGCACGCUGACGCCGCUGCAGCUGGCGGCGGGUACUGGCAACCUGGAGAUGGUGGCGCUGCUGCUGGCCCAUGGCGCCAACGCGUUCCUCUCCACCCAGCAGAAGGACACGCUGUGCUUCGCGGGCGCCGCACAGAAGGGGUGCUUCUGCGCCAUCUCCGUGGCGGCGGCGCACGGGCAUCGCUCGUGCCUGCGCAAGCUGCUCACGCAUCCGGUGUCGCCGGGCAACCGGGAUGUGCUCUCGCUGGAGGAGAUGCUCGCCGAGGGUGACGUGGGCGGCGUGCGCGGCGCCGGCGGAAGCGCUGCCUCGGCGGCCUCUGGCGAGGAUCUGCUGCCGCUGCUCAACAAGACGCAGAUCAAGCGUCUGCAGGAGGCCAUGUACCACAGCGCCGAGAACAAUCACCUGGAUAUUACCAUAGAGCUGCGCAAGCUGGGCGUGCCCUGGACCCUGCACUGCUGGAUGCACGCGCUCUCGGCGGCCCACGAGCUGCGCCUCGACGCAGUCAUCGACCAGCUGCUGCAGGACUUCCUGCAGGUCUGCCCGGACGACUACAGCGCCCAGUUCGUCAGCGAGUGCCUGCCGCUGCUCUUCAACAUCUUUCGGAACAAGAACGAGGGCACCACCCUCCUGCUGGCGGACAUCUUUGCCACCUGCUUCGGCUGGGAGGCGCUGCAACCGCUCAAGGAGCAGCCUCCCAUGCAGCCAGUGCAGGGCACUCGCAUCGAUCCGAAGUUUGUCAACAACCCGGAGCUGAGCGAUGUCACCUUCCGCGUCGAGGGCAAGAUCUUCUAUGGCCACAAGAUCGUGCUGGUGACGGCCUCGCCGCGCUUCCAGAGCAUGCUCAGCUCCAAGCUGAGCGACGCCAACAGCACGCCCACCGUGCAGAUCAAUGACAUACGCUACCACAUCUUCCAGCUGGUGAUGCAGUUCCUCUACAGCGGCGGCUGCCAGGCCCUGGACGUGUCGCACGGCGACGUGCUUGAGCUGAUGGCGGCCGCCAGCUUCUUCCAGCUGGAGGCUUUACUCAACUACACAGAGGCACGCUGCUCCGAAAUGGUCGAUGUGGACAACGUGGUGGCCAUGUAUAUCCAUGCAAAGGUUUACAAUGCCAACAAUCUCUUGGAGUACUGCCAGUGCUUCCUGCUGCAGAACAUGGUGGCGCUGCUGACCUACGACGACUCUGUGAAGCGUCUGCUCUUCGCCAAGAAGAUACCAAACCACGACGUCCUGGCCGGCCUGCUGCAGACGCUGCAGCAGCGGCUCAGGACGCGCAAGCCGAACGCCGUCGGGCUGAUCAACUCCUAUCGCUCGCCGCCAGCGACGGCCACGCCCAUCAAGAAGUAGCCAGCCCCCGAUAUAGAUACAUAUACAUAUAUACAUAUAUAUACAUGUUCCGCUUAUGUCAUAUUUAUUGCAUUGUUUUCUGUAACGAAGUCUCGCUCGUAUGUAUUAUAGAGUUCAGAUUCCCCCGAGUCCUUAGAGCCCCAAUCCCAAUCCCAAUCCCAGUUCCAGUCCCAGUCCCACUGUUAAUUUAAAUACCUAUGCUAGGUAACGUGGUACGGAUUAGAGCGUCCUGUAGCUACCUGUAGUUAGUUGAAAUUGUUUCUGCAUUAAUCAAAACAAAAACUCGAAUAAAAACUCGACAAAGUUUU